AUUCGAAGUCUUCGAAAUUGCAACUGUCAUCUCAUAAAUUUAGUACGCUUACAUCUUCACUAACUGUACGUUUGGGCCGCCUGUGGCCCAAUGAUUCAAAAUAUCCAUCACGAGAUGAUCACGAGGUAUUGCGUGACAAUCGUGACAUUCAAAACGGCAUUGUAUGAUCCUCCUUACCUGAUGUACAACGAUGAAUCACCAGAAUGAAAAUUCACCUUUAAUACCGACAGUCACAGUGAAAUCCAAACACAGUUCCGUUAAUAAUAUUGACGACAAUCACAGUUAUAGCAAUUCUUCUAUUUCAAGAUUCAAAAUUUACAAAAGACGAUGGUAUAUACUCUCGAUGUAUACAGUCAUUGCUUUGACGUGUAACCUUGAUUGGAAUACUUGGGGACCAAUAUCUCAGGCUUGUAAGAUACUCUUUGGAUGGGGGAAUUGGCAGGUUUUGUUUCUCACAAGUUGGUCUGCCAUUUCUAUUAUUGUGAGUGCUAUUCCUUCGACAUGGGUGAUGAAUGAGAAAGGUCUAAGAAAAUCAGUCAUUUUAUGCACUUUCCUACUGACUGCUGGCAAAGCAUUCCAAGUUAUUCCAUCCAGUGAUCCACUAACAAGAACCAUCCUGUUAAACAUUGGUCAAUGCAUCUCUAUGUUGAGCACUCCUGUCGGACUAGGAGCACCUCCAUCGAUCUCCGCUACGUGGUUCCCUCCAAAGGAGCGCACAACUGCGACAGCUAUCUCGACGCUGUUCGCCUACUUAGGGGUAGCUUGUGCGUUUGUUGUUGGUCCCUAUCUUGUACCUAUUACUAAAAGAGUACACAUCGGCAGUGUCGAUGUUGCUUUCACUAACCACACGGUAUAUGACAUAGAAACAAUGACCACGAACCUAUCUGAGUACAUGGGCAUUCAGUUAGGUAUAAGUGCACUUUUAUUGGUCUGUGUGUUGGUGUAUUUUCCCGACAAGCCACCUUUGCCUCCCUGUGCAACGUCCAGCAGUAGGCAACACAGCUAUGUAACGAGCGUCAAGAAACUAGUGGUGAAUGGACCGUAUCUCUACCUUGGGCUUAUCUUUGCCAUGAGUUAUGGGGUGUAUGCUGGGUGGAUGGCUGUGCUUUCUUUGGCAGUAAAACCGUUUGGUAUUGAUGAGUAUCUUUCUGGCUGGCUCGGAUGUGCUGCUGUCGUAGCUGGGAUUUUAUCCGGUGUGUGCCUUGCAAGAGUAGUGGAUUAUAUAAAGAGUCAUACCAAGACAGUCCUUAUAUUACUGUUCCUUGGCACAACCAUAUCUCAGCUUCUAUUUACCUUAACCUGCUCUAAAAUUAUCCCAUUUUCCAAGCCACUUCUCUUCUCUUCAAUAAUCUUUGGUGGUWUAUUCUUCAAUGUAACGACUCCUCUCAUGUUUGAGAUGGCCGUGGAGACUGUUUACCCAAUAGCCGAAGGUCUGACGGCCAUCCUUCUUCUUUGCAUUGGAUAUUCAGUCUAUCUGAUAAUAAUAAUAACAUUCAUGUUCCCUGUUAUGAACGUUAAAUGGAUUAACUGGGCUACAGUCAUUCUGAACGGUCUUUGUGUGCCAGGGUUAAUGGUGUACAAAAACAAGUUUAGGAGACUUGAUCUCGAAUAACGUUAUUCCCAUCAGCUAUAUUUCUGAUGGUUUGUAUUAAUGUAACCUGGAUGUAUAGCAUACCUUAGGAUUGGGGAGAUAGAAGAAGAGAUAAAGGAAUGUGUGUAGGGUGGGAGAAAGGCGAGCGCUAUCUUUACGUACGUACACCGGGAAAUAUUCUUAUACGAUUUUCUUAGAAAAUCUUCUUAUAACCUGGAUAUAUAGCAGACUUUAGGAUUAGGGAGAUAGAGGAAGAGAUAGAGGAGUGUGUGUUGGGUGACCCAUGGGAGAAAGGCGAGCGCUAUCUUUACGUACGUCCACCCGGAAAUAUUCUUAUACGAUUUUUUUAGAAAUAAAAAAGAAGCAUAAACAAGA